CUGGUUUAAAAACAGAGCAUAAUUUGUCCGAACAUGUUUCAGGGGAGCCAACAUCUCAAAAAAGUAAACAUUGAAGUUUAUUUUGAAAUGUCAAAAGUUGUUGGCUGUCAGUUGUACGUUGUACGAAGUAGAUAAGUGGAACUGUCAAAAAACGUGUUAAAGGAGAACAUGAAAACUUUUAAAACUCGUGAAAAUUUAACAGAGAUGUGAAACAGGUGGUUUUUGUUUUGAAAAAUAUUGACGAUGAUUGUGUAUUAGUGUUAAGAUAACGAAUAAUGGAUUCGUUCGCAGCAGAUUUGGCGAUACAAGCUAUUUUAGCUCGGGGUACAGAUUUCGUGGGUGGAAUAGAUAACGAAGCCUUGGAUUUUUCUCAGUUGGAGGACUUCAUAAACAGUGAAGGUUCACAAGGCAAUAAUACCUAUUUCGGAGACUCGCUCAACUCGACACCAACAUCUGGAAAACUUCUAAAUGUCAUCGUUGAAAAUAAAAGAAAUAUCGGUCACUCGCUUCCUGAGAGUCCUCCCGACAGCAGCUCAGAACACCCGUAUAGUCCUCAAGAUGGCUGCGAGGCACCGAUCACAUCACAAGAAUCGAUGUACACCAACCUGACACAAGGCCUCUACAAACCUACAAUACUCAGUCCCAUUCUGACAGACAAUAUUAUUUUGGGAUCACACAUAGUAGUUACGGACCAAAACAGUGAGCAGCUAUUAGAAAAUGGCGGAAUACUGCAAGACAACGGACUCAUCGUCAGCGGAGAUAUUAGAAAUGGAACGACGAUUCUUAGCAACAGAGCAAUACAAGAAAAUUUACAGGGCGAUCAAACUAUUCUACAGGGUAGGAUUAUCCUUUCGGAAUCCAAUGUUACAGAUACUAACCGUCCCAUCUUACUGGCAUCACCCGAAUCAGCACCAAACUUCGAUAGGAGCAUUUAUAAGAGCGACGACUUCGACAAAAACAUGGUACAUUUAGGAUACAACCACAAUAUAGAGAAUUUGCCUAGGAACAAUAUAGAUAAUAAUAUAUGCGAACAAAAUUUGGAUAACAUACAAAACGUCUACACGAACUUACAGGCUGCACCUAAAAAGAGGAAGUUGUCCCAAGAUUCACCCUUAGUAAAAAGCGAACCAGACCAUUGUACAGCCAGCCAACUCAGUCCUUCCGAGCAGCUCAACACGUCAAUGGAUGAGGAUUAUGCCUCUUCAGAAGCCUGUUUAUCAGAAUCUCAGUAUCAGUGUAUAAGAUUUAGUGCCUUUCAGCAAAAUAAUUGGCAUAUGCUUUGUGAUCAGAAUCUCACAGAAUUGCCUGUACCACAUUAUAGAGUAGAUGCAGAUAAGGGUUUUAAUUUCUCAAAUGCCGAUGAUGCCUUCGUUUGCCAGAAGAAAAAUCAUUUUCAAGUAACUUGCCAUGUACAACUAUUAGGUGACGCACAAUUUGUAAAAACACCAGAUGGAUUUCAAAAAAUCUCCAGUUUUCAUCUUCAUUUUUACGGAGUAAAACACGACUGUCCAACUCAGACCAUUAGGGUAGAACAAAGUCAGAGCGACAGAAGCAAAAAACCAUUCCAUCCUGUUUUAGUGGAGUUAGUAAACGCACAAGUCACUAAAGUUACGGUCGGAAGACUACAUUUUAGUGAAACAACAUCAAAUAAUAUGCGGAAAAAGGGAAAACCAAAUCCAGAACAAAGAUAUUUUCAGCUUGUUGUUGGUCUCCAUGCACAUACUACAAAUGGAAAUUUUCCUAUUGUAAGCCAUGCUAGUCAAAAAAUUAUAGUUAGAGCAUCAAAUCCUGGACAGUUUGAAAGCGAUGUAGAAUUAUGUUGGCAGAAAGGACAAACUCAGGAUUCUGUAGUACACAAUGGAAGAGUAGGAAUCAACACUGAUAGACCAGACGAGUCUCUUGUAGUUCAUGGCAAUAUAAAAAUAACUGGGCACAUUAUACAACCUAGUGACAUAAGAGCUAAGAAGAAUAUUGUAGAAUGUAAUACCGCUGAGCAGCUGAAAAAUGUACAAAGAUUAAGAGUUGUUAGGUACGAAUACGAGCCGGCCCUUGCGAACCAGCUUAGUAGAGAUAAUGAAUGUUCGGAUACAGGAGUUAUUGCUCAAGAAGUGGCGCAAGUUUUGCCGGAAGCAGUUAAACCUGCUGGAAAUAUUAUACUACCAAAUGGUACAUCCAUAGAAAACUUUUUGGUAGUAAAUAAGGAACGGAUAUUUAUGGAAAAUAUAGGCGCUGUAAAAGAGCUUUGCAAAGUAACUGAUAAUUUGGAAACGAGAAUAGAUCAGUUAGAAAGAAUAAACAGAAGAUUAAAUAAAUUAAAGAGAGGAGAUAGUCUUAAGUCUACGAGCACUGUUAAUAGUUCAAAAUUAUCGUAUUCACAUAAAUGUUCCAAGCAUCACCAUUCUUGUCAUAAAGAAGACGAACUUUGUUCGAAUAAGUUUAUUCAGAUUGUUAUUGUGAUAUUGGUGUUGAUUAUGGCUUUUUGUUUGGCGGCAAUAACGACGCUAUACUUGAUGGAAACAACGCGUCCAACGCAAUACAUACAGCCGAACAUUGAGAGAUCUCAUAAAAAUUAUCCGACCAAAAGGCCGGCAAAAAUAACAAAAGCCCCCACGUGGACGCCCACAUUGCCACCCUAUUAUCCAACAAGUGCAUAUAAAGAAGAAGAAAUAACAAAAAUAACGCUCGACCCUAAUCUGCUAAGUAUAAAGCCUAGUUACAUAAUCGGAAGGCCUCAAGAUUGCAUAGCAGUAGACCAGGAUCUUGAAAAUACAAAUCUCUGUCAGAUAUUCUGUUGUGCGAAUCCUCCACCAAGACAUUCGCAGGAAAUUCCUUCGACGCACUAUUCUUCGGAAAAAAGGCUUACGAAUGCAGCCAGAAACAAAACUGGACCGUUGAUUAAUCUGGAGAAGAACAAAAUAUCUAAACCGUUCCAUUCGAAUGAUAUUGAUAAUAAACAGAUCAGACAAAAGCGGGACUCAUAUAGUGACGAUACGAACUUUUUCGAUAUAACAGGUGAAGAUGACCCAAUGUUUACUAUCAUAUUACACGGUAGGAAUUUUAACACUACCUUAACGACCAAGUAUAAAGUAGAAACGAAUUCUCCAUACAAUAUUUCCUAUUCAGUUCCAAUAUCAAAAUAUAUGCCGGACGAAUUUAUUAAUUUAAUUUUUAGGUCAAGUCAAACAAAUCUAAAGGAAAUUGAACAUUGCUACAACGAUUUCAAGCAACACGAAUGCCCUUUUGUUAGUUCGCAGGCCUACUAUGAUGAUAAGAUGAAAAUAAGGCAUAAAGUAAAUGAGAAUAGUGCGAGUCAACUGAUCGGAUACCAAAGUAUCGUUUUUGAAGUUGACAUGAUUGACUAUCAAUCGAAAAUUAUGACGUAUAGAGCAUCUCUUAAACCUAAUUUGAACAAUUGCAGACUGCCAGCGUCCAAAUUGGGAUUAGAUUAUGUAGAAUAUAAUUUUCAUUUUUAUAGACACUGUGAUGAAUAAGAUCUUUAUAUUUUUCUUUAUUAAUUUUAGCAAUAUUGGUAAUGUUAGUCAUAGUCGAACAAAAAACUCAUGACAAGUUUUAUGUAUAUUUUGAUUUGUAUAGAAAUACGUUAAGGGUGUAUAGCAUGAUUUAUAGGUUCACUAGAAAAUAGUCUAGUUAUAUCCAUAUUUUUAUUGUUCGAUAUUAAUUUUGUGAAUUAUUGAAAAAGUCAUUAUAGUAUUGCACUGAUUUAAUUAAUAAUCUCUUAUUGUAGAACAUAAAACAUAAUAAAUCCAACAUGCUGAAAGAGGUAGCAUUAUGGGACAAUCAACUUAGUCUUGACUUGACAAUUUUGUCAAGUUAACCAAUUCUGGCCAUCACAUUGAUCAUCAAACCACAUGUCAUCUCCGUGACAAGACAUUUCGUAACGCGACAGUUCUUAACCCCACAAAUAAUAACGGACAAUUCGUAAUGCCGUCAGUUCGUAACGGCGACAGUUCGUAACAGCAACACUUCGUAACUAUACAAAUUCGUAACGGACAAUUCGUAACGUCAAAAUGGAAUUAUUCUGUUUAUUUUGGUUAACGUGGAAAUUAACUUUUAUUACAUUUACAUGGCCUUCUAGAUAAUUACAGUAUUAAUUAGUACAUAACCAUUCGUUGUCGUAUUCCACUAUUGUAUUUUCAAUCUCUCAUGCUCUCGUGACGAAUUUAUAUACUUUAAUAAUACAAAAAAAGACGGUUAUGUUUCGAUUCAAUUUGAGUCUCGAGCGAUGCUAGGGAUCUAUUCCACUAAUGCAUCAGCAGUUUACCCAUCCAAACCGCUAUCAUUUUGUACUCUGCACCGAGCAUGAAACAAAAUAAACGAUUAACAUAAAAGUGUUAAUGGUCACUGUAGUGUCGUUUUGAAAAAAAUCUUCAUAUGUCAAAGAAGAAAGAUCGAAAGACGGUUUUUAAUAUCUAUCACGUAUACAUAUUCCAUUCAAUUCGAAUCUACAUAAGGAAUUAUAAAUUAUUUCACUGUCAUAAACAUAUAAUUUUAUUUAAUUUUUGUUAAUUUUUUUUAAUCACAGCUACAUCAAUAGCAUAUUUAUACAGGGUGGUUCAUCUUAUUCGCCUCGGUCUCUGUACAGAAAACUACUUGAUAUUAAAAAAAAAUUUUCACAGAAAUAUACAGGGCCUUUAAUACUACAAUCUAAAAUAAUGUGAAUUAUACAGGGUGCUCCAAAAAAGAGUGGUAUAUCAAAGUUAUAUUUUUCCUUAUGGAAUGCCCUGUAUCUGAUAACAUUACUGAAUUGACCUUAAAAAAUAAGCUAUACUUUUAUAAGGGUUCCCUAUACCUAAAUACAGGGUGUUUUGAUUUAUUUCGAGUUUUAUGAAAAUGUAAGGUUUAAGAAAAAAAUAAAUAUCUACGAAUCUAAGAAUCAUUAACUAAUUCUUUCUUGGAUCUAUAUAAAAGACUAUUUAGAAUACUUAAACAGAUGCUUACUGCAACAAAAUUUCUUACAGGGUGGUCAAAAUAUGAGAUUGUUCUAUUAACAAAUUCAAGCUGUAAUAACUUACUUAUUUUUAAUAGAACACCCUGUAUCUUACUAGUCUAUCGCGUAGAAAAUUUACUUAGCCUUCAAUUCUUAUUAGGGUUUCCUAUAUCUAUCUCCCUUCAUUUUUCGAAUGUUUAAAGAUUUCCUAAUUUGUAAGCUUUAAAAAUUAGAAUUAAGUACCUAUGUCGUAGUUAUGUAUCAUACAACACAUCACCAACACCGGCAAUAUACUUAACUGUUUUAGUCAAGAUACUUUCGUUAAUAAAAUUCACAUUUUUAUUAUUUAAUCACACAGUGUUCUUAUUUUAAAUGACAUACUCGAUAUUCUAUUCUUUAUAAUGGAAGAUAUUUAAAAUCUCUUCAAUUCCAUGUAAACAUUCUCAAUACACAUGUUAUUCUGUAAAUAUAAAUUCCCAUGUUAUUCUGUAAAUGCCCAUUUUUACAUAUUUUUGUACAAUAGGCUCGUUUUCGUCAUAGUAGCCAUUGCAUUUAAUUGUUUGUAAUUGCGAUUCAAAGAUUCAAACAAAAAGUGGUGUUUUUAAAUUUACUUAAUGACCUUAAUAAUAUAGGAUAUGCAGUUUAAUAUGAAUAUAAACAAAUUAUUCAAUGUCACAUGUAGGCCAAAGUCAACUAAAAUAAUACAACGCUCUGUGUGAUUACAUGCUAACAAUGACAAUUUUAUUAAUGUCGUUUCUAAGUAUAUUGCCGGUGUUGGUGAUGUGUUGUACAUAACCACGACAUAGGUACUUAAUUCUAAUUUUUAAAGCUUACAAAUUAGGAAAUCUUUAAAUAUUUAAAAAAAUGAAGGAAGAUAGGUAUAGGAAACCCUAAUAAGAAUUGAAAGCUAAAUAAAUUUUCUACGUGAUAAACUAGUAAGAUACAGGGUGUACCAUUUAAAAUAAGUAAGUUAUUACAGCUUGAAUUUGUUAAUAGAACAAUCUAAUAUUUUGACCACUCUGUAAAAAGAUAGGUAUAGGAAACCCUAAUACAAAUUGAAAGAUAAGUAAAUUUUUUACGCGAUUGACUAGUAAGAUACAGGGUGUUCUAUUUAAAAUAAGUAAGUUAUUACAGCUUGAAUUUGUUAAUAGAACAAUCUCAUAUUUUGACCACCCUGUAAAAAACUUUGUUGCAAUAAGCACCUGUUUAAGUAUGCUAAAUAGUUUAUUAUUAAGAUCCAAGAAAGAAUUUGUUACUGAUUCUUAGAUUCCUAGAUAUUUAUUUUUUUCUAAAACCAUUUUUAUAAAAAUCGAAAUAAAUCAAAACACCCUGUUAUUAGGUAUAGGGAACCCUUAUGAAAGUAUAGUUUAUUUUUUAAGUUAAAUUCAAUAAUGUCAUCAGAUAUAGGGCAUUCCAUAAGAAAAAAUAUAACUUUGACAUACCACUCUUUUUUGGAGCACCCUGUAUAAUUCACAUUAUUUUUGGAUUGUAGUAUUAAUGGUCCUGUAUAUUUCUGUGAAGAAAUUUUUUUUAAUAUUAAGUGGUUUUCCGUACAGACACCGAGGCGAAUAAGAUGAACCACCCUGUAUAUCUUAUGUUUCUUUAAUACUCUAUCAAUUUUAUGUUAAGUGUGCGCAAAAUUAAUUUUAUAAUAUUAUAUUAUAUAGUCUAAGAUUUAUCACAAGAAUGAUUGUAUACUUUAUUAGAUGCUUCAUUUCAAAAAAAUUAUCUAAUUAAUAUUGUCAACAUUUCUUUUCAAUUUCAAUUUGUUUAAAAGACAUUUUAAGCUAAAGCUAUUUAUUGGAAAAAAUGAACAAUCUCAAAUAACAGUAUGAUUAUAUGGUCUAGUCCUAGUCUAAGGUUUAUGCAGCCCAAAAACUAUAAUAUUUUUUGAAAUAAACCACAAUUAUUCAUUUAUUAAAUUAUUUUGUUUUCUUCUUAUUCUUAAAGUUUCGUCUUCUAUCGAAAGUUGAUCAAUAUAAUCAGCAAUAUUCAAAUAAGGCUUUGGUUUUUUUAUUUCUAAGGUAACUGUUGACAAUUAUACACUUAUAGAGGUUCGCCCUCUGUGUAUGUCUUUUGCCUUCCAUAAACAACUGUAUCAGUCUGUAUCUGGAUCCUACCAUGACAUGUCCAAAAUAUUCAAGUUUUCGCUCUUUAAUAUUUUGAAUGACGUAGGUCCAGCUUUAAAUUUUUAUUGCAUAAUGCCUUUCUUCAUAUUUACAAAUUUGCCUCUAGCGAUUUUGUGUGCGAAGUAAUAUGCCACAUUAGUGGUGAUGUCAGGCGCGGAUCUAGAAAUUCAUAACAGGGGGCCAGACCUCAAAUAAUAUUUUCCAGAUUUAGCCAUACGACUCACACUUACUCUAAGGAUAAAAUAAUACACUAUAUAAUCCCAGAUACCUACGGUAUCAAUCAAAAGGAUUGAUAGACAAUUCACGACUAUUAAUCUCACUGGUCGUUCUUUACCAUAAAGAUUAACCUUUCUACCAUCAAUGGGUUAUCUAGUAUGGAUUAUCUUGUAAAAUACAGAUUUUUAUAUAUUUUUAUUGUAUCGCAAAUUUGAAACGUGACUUUUCAUGAGAUAAGGUUUAUACCCACUGUAAUGUAUUUGCAUUUUAAAAUAUCAUUUUUGUUAUUCUUUGAAUUGAGAAAAAUAUUUCCGUUGUUUAUGGUUCCACCGGUACCCAAACAAAUGCGCCUUCAGAUUAUUUUUCAGAGAAGGGUGUUUUAUUAGAUGUUAUGGUUUCUUUCAAUUUUUUGGAAGCGGUUGUCGUGUAAUUUAGUGUUGUACGGAUGGCUUAAAGUUUACAGUUAACAGAAAAAAAAUAAUAAAUAAUAAAAAAAUACUCAUAGACUAAAUACAAUAGGGGGGUCCAUGGACCCGUUGACCCCCCCUGUAUCCGCGCCUGGGUGAUGUCAUGCUAUCUCCUCGUCAUGUUAAACAAAAACUAAAGUCCUAUAUUUUCGAAUAGCAGUUCAUUAUUUCUGUUUUUUAAUUACACAUAGUCAAUUAUAGGGAAAUACCUACUAAAUGCGGUGAUACUGACUACUCUGAAUCUCUACUAUAGAGAAGAAAACAGAAGAAAAAUAUCGCUUCCAAAAAACUACAAUAUUUUAGACAUGCGAGGUAAUUUUAUUUGAACAGUUCAGGCUUAAUUAUGUAUCCUAAAUCUAAAUGAUAAUGAUAGUCAUUUUAAAAGCAUUUACUAAAAAACAUAAACGAACAGUCUUAAAUCAAAAAACUGAUCUACAGUACUUCUUGAUUCGCUUGAGUUUUGCGAAUAUUCUCUUGGGGUCUUACAAAGAUUCAUUUCGAUUUCAACAAGACGGAGCAAUACUCCAUGUUCGUCUAAUUGUAAAGAAUUCUCUACACGAAACUGUCACAAAAAAAUUUAUUGGACAAAGUGAUUCCAUUAUUACCAUUCAGUGAAAUCAAUAGAUCACUAUGAAAUUAGCCUAACCUCAAAAAUGACGGUACGGCGAAUUAUUAAUGAGUUUUCAACAUAAUAAUGAAAGUUGCAGUUGGUACUUGGCGUUUAUAAAAACUAGAUCCUCACUAAGAUUUAGAAAUAAAGCUUUGGGUUUUUUAUUUCUAAAAUAACUGUUGAAAACUAUACACUUAUGAAAUAGACAUAUUUAACUAGACUGCGCUCUGCAACUUCAAAUUAUUCCCCCAGUAAUACAAAGAAAAAUGUUGUAAAUAAGGUAGGCAUCUCCUUCUAAUCGGCGGAGUUUAUCCACCCGAUUUAUCGUUCGAAAGUCACAUGGUCGAUAAAACCCGCUGAUUGGCCGAUUAGGAGAAGAUGCCUACCCUCUUUACAAACAUUUUUCUCUGUCACACUGGAAGAACAGUUUUAGAUUGCAGCGCGUAGUCUAUUUAUUAUACAGGGUGUCCCCGAAAAUAGUGCAUUCCUCUAAGGUAUGGAUAUAAUACACAAUGUAGAACAAAAAAGUCCUAUAACAAUUUUUUUUUAAAGUUAACGUUUCCAAAAAAAAUUACAUUGUUCUCCAUAUAAGCGAACUUUUAUUUUCAUAAAAUUUAAUAAUUUGGCAUCACUCUACAAGAACUUAGUGAUUUAGGUUAUUGACACCAGAAAAAUGUAGGUCAGACAGGUACAACUGCAAAAUAAUUAUACCACCCCAUGUUUGAAAAUAACAAAACAAGAAUUUGUUUGUUUAGGAUGAAGACAGGGUUUAAUGUAAAUACUAAAGGCUAAUGCUGCAACUAUUUUUGAAUUGUGAUUGUCUAUGUUUAGAUUUUUUUAUACAUAGUUGUCAGAUUUCAAUUUGCACACCAAAAUGUACUUUGGUUUUUUGGCCAAACGGUUGAAUUUAGAAAAAAUGUUAUAAAACUUUUUUGCUCUACAUGGUACCUUCUACGUAUACCUUUAAGGAACGCACUAUUUUCGGGCACACCCUGUAUAUGGCGUAUGAACGAGAAACGAUCGUAAACUUCAAUAAUAUUAAGCAAAUUUUGUUUUAUAUUUGUGUAACAGAUACAUUGGUAAUAGAGCAUAAAUUUUUGAAAUGAAGUAAUUCUAACGCAUGACAUAACAUGAUAUUUUAAUAUUUUAUGUAUUGUAACGAAAUUAUAUGUUCUAAAGGGUUAAAGUAAGUUUAAUAUAGAAUGUGGCACUAAUUCAUAGAUUUGAUUAAAAAUGUUCUAACAUUUC